AUGUCGCCGGCGGCGGCGCCGCCGCUGGAGGACGAAAACUUACUCUCCGAGAUCCUCCUCCGCCUCCCCGCGCUGCCAUCCACCCUCCCCCGCGCCUCCCUCGUCUGCAAGCGCUGGCGCCUCCUCGUCUCCGACCCCGGCUUCAACCGCCGCUUCCGCCGCCGCCACCGACGCAGGCCUCCCCUCCUCGGUUACUUCAUCCACGACAGCCGAGGCAUCUCCUACGAACGUACCAUGGAUUCCCCCGACCGCGUCCCCGCCGGGCGCUUCUCCUUGCAGCUCGACCACAGCUACGGCUUCUCGCUCCUCGGCUGCCGCCAUGGCCUUGUGCUCAUCUCCAACGGUACACGGAAGCAAGUCCUGGUGUGGGACCCCGUCACCGGUGACCAGCACCGCAUCGCCUUUCCCCCAUGGUUCGACGGGAUCAAAAACCAGAUUCAUGGGGGAGUGCUUCGUGCUGCCGGCGAAGCGGACCACUUCCAGGUGGUCCUGGUACAGGCCACCAUAUGGGACAAACAGCAUUUGCAAGUGCUCGCCUGCGUUUAUUCGUCAGAGACCGGCAGAUGGGGCGAUCUUAUCUUAACACCAAUUCCAGCCCCGGCUUACUGUACGGGCUUGUCGCCCGUCUUGGUUGGGAAUUCCUUUUACUGGCGUCUUGCUGGGUGUUUUUGUGCUGUUCUUGAGUUUGAUUUGGAGAGGCAGAGCUUAGCGGUGAUACAAGUGCCGGUUGGUGAGGAGAAUAGCUUCGCUGUUAUGCGAGCCGAGGGUGGUGGGCUAGGUUUACUCUCCGUGUCAGGCCUCACCGCACAAUUAUGGAAGAGGAAUACCGACUGUGAUGGUGUUGCAUCAUGGGGGAUGGGAAGGACCAUUCAACUGGACAAGCUACUUUCUCCUUAUUCAGAUGAGACUGCGCCCCUAUUCAUAUUAGGGUUUGCAGAUGAAAAUAAUGUGGUGUUCCUGACGGGUGGUCAUGGUGUCAUCAUGGUACAGCUUGAGUCAUUGCAAUCCAAGCAACUUUGCAGGAUUGACAACAUUUUUUAUCAACAUCAUCAUGCAUUCGAAAGUGUCUAUGCUGCAGGAAUAGGCAUUGGCCGUGAACAUGAUGGGGCUGAACUUGUGGGCAAUCCACAAGUGAUUGCCUGUUAG